AUGAACUGGUACGGGAUAUCUGUCUUAUGCCUGGCUUUGGCCAAUGUCACGAGAGCUCAGGCAGAUCCUUUGGUAGACUUCUGUCGUCGAUGGUCGCACCAGACGACAGUUGUUGACAACAAGCUCUUCAUAUACGGUGGCUUUGUUACCUACGGCUCUCAGAUCGAGGAGGAUACCCAAAACUCGACCAACUCCCACCUACUGUAUAGCGAUCUCGGCUCCGUCGAUCAGAACACUGGGAUGCCAAUCCAAUAUGAUCUCUCCAAGCCGUCUGAGGUCCCAGUUGUGUCAGGAGGAGCACUGUGGUCAGACGACGUCAAUAAGAUCUUCUAUUUGUUCGGCGGACAAGAGAUGCCUACAGACUCGAGAUCUACGGACAUCACGAUACCCGCCUUCGGAGCCAGCACCACCGAUCCAAAUCAAGGAAUCGGAUAUUAUUACGGCGGGUGGACGGAUAACAGCGGAGGUAAUGCGUAUUCUACUGCAGCAACAGCCAAGUCAAAGAUGAUUGUCUACGAGUACGAGAGCAAUAUCUGGCAUGAGAUCCGGUUCAUCGACGAUAUCCCUCGGGCCGAGGGCGCAUUGUUCUACAUACCAGCCUCGGAUCACGCCAAGCGGCGCCGAUUUUGCGGUGGCGUCACUUGGCCUGAUGAUCGAUCUUCGUACAACAUAUAUCUGUAUGGCGGAUUGUCGCCUCAAGCAGACGGUGGCCUCGGAUACAGCCAUCAUCCAAUGUCUCAGCCUCAGACACACGACCCAACCCAUCACGGCUUUCCUGCAAUCAAAGAUGGCAACCCCUACAGCGCAAACUCAUAUCCCAGCCCCGUUCCUUCAUACCACCAAGCUCCAUCCGCAUCGCCUCCACUGGCGGGCAAUUGGACCCCGGCACAGGCCUUUCUCUCUCCGCCGCCACCACAGGGGCAGGCAUACUAUCCUACGCCGCCUCCGCCGCAAUUGCGGGAUCCAUCGCCGGGCCCUGUUCAUGAAAUGCCGAAUGUAAGGAGUCCUACCAAUGUGAUGGACUUGCAGGGACCUUCGCCGUGGAAGUGGAGGUCGCCUGGGGGUGGCAUUCGGGAGGAGUGA